AUUGUAGUCAUCGUAGCCAUCGUAGCCAUCUCCCCCAGGAUUUCUGGGCGACCAUCCAGCCACUUUGAGUGCGAAGUGCGAACAGUUAUUGGCAUGCCACGCCCCCGCAAGGCGUAGCAAAAGGAGCAGGACGCAGCACGCAGCAGCCGGAAGAAGAGGAAGAAGAAGCGUAAAUAAAUAUGAUAAAGCUUAAGAAUAUAUAAUAACGGAGAGCAGAGGAAGGAAAGUUUAAAUGAAAUAACGCAAUAUAAAAACAUAAAUAACUAAGGAAAGUGCCGAAGAGAAGGAGGAACAAGAAGAAGCAGCGGCAGCAGCAGCGAAGAAGAGCAGCCCAAAAAAGUAGGCAACGCAAAAAAAAAAGCUGGAAAGCUGGAAAGGUGAGGAGGUGAGGAGGCGGCUUCCCAUCCCACAAGAGAGAGGCGCAGUGAAGAGUCCGCUGGAUAAGCAGUAGCUGGCAGAAGAAGAAGAAAACUAAAGGAGGAGGAGGUGGAGCCGAGGAGAGCAGAGCAGCCGGACAAGAGAGAAUAGAGCUCAAUUACGCCGCCAAACUGUCGUGUCAGCAACAACGUGAAAUGUGCAAUUCCUGGCUGCUGCUCAUAAUUGCGCUCUCCGUUGUCGUCUGCCUGUGGAACUCGCAACAAACCGAAACAUCCCAAUCAUGCCCAGCCGAGUGCAUCUGCUUGUCCCAGACUCAAGUGCUGUGUAACACGGGCGGCCUCGAGCAGAUCCCGCUGCGGCAGCUGCCGGCGUCGGUGGAGAACCUGGCGCUGACCAAGAACAACUUCCCGAUCAUCAAGCCGGACUCGUUCUCCGGCCUGCGGGCGCUGAAGAAGCUCUCGCUGGACGGCAACAACAUCACGCGGAUCAAGCAGUUCGCCUUCCGCGGACUGCCGCGGCUCAAGGAGCUCUCCAUCCAGUAUACGCCCCUCCAAAUGGUCGCCGCCUUCGCCUUCGCCGGACUGCAGAACCUCUCCACAAUCCUGCUGAGCCACAAUCAGAUCCAACGGAUCGAGGGCAACGCCUUUGCCGGCACCUCCAACAUCAAGUUGAUCCUGCUGACCAACAAUCCCCUGAUUCGGAUCGAUAGUUCUGCCUUCUCGAGUCUGACGAACGUGGGACACUUGAUCCUGCCAUCGGGGAUAAGGAGCAUCGAACAGGACGCCUUCUUUGGCAUGGACACGGUGGGUCUGCUGAAGUUGGCCUACAUGGACCUCAAGGAGGUGGCUCCCUUCACCUUUCGCGGCCUCUCCAAUGUCCUUCUGCUCACUCUGCAGGAAUCCGACUUGGGUGUCAUUUGUGCCGAUGCCUUCACAGGAUUAACGCAAGUGGAAACGCUGCAGGUGCUGAACAACAAGAUAGAUUCGAUCGAGGAACUCAACUUCACCAGCUCGGCGGCCAUAAAGCAUUUGAAGUUCUUCGGUAAUCACGUACUGGAAACCCCCGAUCCAAAUGCCAUCAUCGUUGAUGGAGUGGAGCAUCUGCAGCUGGUUAGCAAUCACUUUCCCUGCGGCUGCCACAUCCACACGCUGCUCGAUGGUCCGCUGGCCGAGGGAGCCCACAAUCUGACGGACUUCCUGCAGAAGAACUACUGCAUCUCCCCACUGGAGGUCAACGGGCGGGUGAUGAGCGAACUGGACAUCGACUCCAUCGGCCGGUGCUCCGAUCAGCUGACCAAGGGCAACCUCGGCAGUUCGGCUGCCUCGCUGGCGCUGGGCAUCAACUCGAUGCUCCUCAUCGCGGUGGCCAGUUGCGCCGAGUGGCGACACUUCCGGCUCCUCGCCCACCGGAUGGCCCAGAUCCUCGGCCACGUCGCCUGGCGGAGGCGCCGGAAACGGCGGAAGGGCAACUAG